AUGAUCGCUACACUGGAUGAUUCUGCGGAAUCAAAGGAGCUUGUGCAGAACCUCAAGGCUGCUCGCUGCUUGCCUGCAUCAGUGUCGCAACAGAGGAUGGCAGCAGCUGCAGCUGGGGAGCAUGUGAAAAGGGAGGCCGAGACUCCUGCUGGGGCAGGUGCUGCGAGUGCGAAGACAACAGCCAUAAAGGCCCCCUUCCCGCCUGAGCCUCCCCGGGUGCUUACACCUCAGGAGCCUCCGUACCCCCCGCCGGGCAGACGUGCUGUGCCAAAGCAGCCCUCCUUCCCGCCACCGCCCAAGCCCCCUACAAUGCCGACGAGUGUGCCCCAGCCAAAGACCCCUCCCCAGCGUUCCACGGAGGACUUGUUGAUGCAACAGCGUUGGUUGGCGCAGCAGGCACGUGAUGAUGCAGUGCGAGAGCAAGCUGCAGCGGCAGCGGCCACUGGGCCUCCCUAUGACCGAUGGCUGCAGCAGCAAGCAGACAUCCUGGCCCAGCAGCAGACGCAGUUUUUGAUACAACAAGAACAACAACGCAUGGACUUCUUGCUUGAGCAGCAGAAGCGCUUUGAGUUGCAGCAGCAAGCUGUUGUUCUUCAGCAGCAGCAGACAGGAGCCGCUGCUGUAUCCCCUGCCGCCUUUGCGGCCCUCGGAGGCCCCAUGCAGGAGGCGAUGAGCAUCCAGGAGGAGACUCGCAGGAACUUCAUGGUGGAGCAGGAGCGGCAGCUGCAGGAGCAACAGAGGCUGGAGGAGGAGAGGCUGGAGCAGGAGAGGAUGGAGUUGCAAAGGCUGGAGCAGCAAAGGCUGGAGCAGCUGAGGAAGCAGCAGGAAGAGGACGAACAGCAGAAGCAGUAUGCUGCUGAGAGUGAGCAGCUGGCCAGGCAGCUCUAUGAGCUGGAAAGCAAGGCAGAGAACCUGAGGAAGCAGAUGAUUUCCAGGUCCAGCCAAAGCAAGGCCCAGCCGCCAGGAGUGCAAAGGCCGUUCGUGAUCCCCAGCGACUGGCCCAAGGAAGUGCCCUUGCCUCCCAUCCCGCCGCCGAUUCCCCACGCCGCACCACCCAGCAGGUCGCGAUCCCCCAAAGGGAGCAGUUUGACGGAGAGUGUGAGGAGGUUGGCUGGGCAGUCCCAGCAAAACAGUGCUGCGGCUGCCAAGGAGUACCUGAAGGCCCAGAUGGAGACCCUGCAGAAGCAGGCCACGGAUGAGCCGGUGGAGGAGCGACCGGUGGAGGAGCGACCGGUCAAGCGGCAGAAGGACGAUGGCAUCCCAGCCCCGGCAAAGGCAAUGCCACGAGCCACGUUGCCUCCCAAGCCCAAGGUGUCUGCUGCGGCCUCGCCGAAGGGUCCAGGGAGCCCAGCCCCAGCUGUGGGUGUGUGA